AUGCUUACCAAGGUUUGGGCUACUUCCCUUCUAUGUCUCAGCCUCGUCGCCGCAGGUCCAAUCGCCAACCUCAGUGUGUUGAGCGACCUCACGACAGUGAAGAAUAAUGUCCAGACCCUCGACAAGGACGUCAAGAGCUGGGAUGGAACUCUGAUUACUGCUCUCUCCAUGCUCGAUGACGUGAAGACCCUGGAGUCCGAUCUCAAGACUGCCAUCAGUGACACCAAGGCGGCGUCCGCCUUUUCUACCAGUGACAGCACCACUGCGACCAAGGAUAUUGCUUCCUUGAAGCCAAUUAUUAGCACCACCCUGGAUGACCUCGUUGGCAAGAAAUCUGAUAUUGCGAAUAUCGGUGAGACUAGCACCGUUAAAUCCAGCCUUAAGGAGUUGAAAAAUCUCUCGGAUCAGCUCGGCACUGCGCUCGAGGCAAAGGCUACUUCGAACGACGCGGAUACCAUUAAGUCCGCUGUAUCCGCGAUUGACUCUGAUUUUACCACUGCUAUCUCUGCAUUCUAG